GCACACUGCAAAUACUUCAUAACAUCGUGUUCUUUUGCAUGCGAUUUGUUUCGCACCAGCACCGUAAGCCAACCACAAACAUCGCUGUCCUGAUGGACGUGUCUCAGUUUCUCAAGUCUUUCAAGAAGAACGUCGCCGCUAAGGGCAAACGCGUCUCUGCGGUGGGUCCAAGCGCCGGCGUUACGGAUGCGACGGAAGCGGAAGAGCUGAGCGAACUCCUGCACUCCGACAGCGAUCACGAGACAGAGGGGCCGUCGGCGGACUACGUGGUGGGCGGUCGUGCGGACCGCAUCAACGGGAAGCGCUACGCCGCACACGAAAAGCACAAUCAAGAGUUCGAAGCUCUCAAAGUCUUCAGCACCAACGUCAGUCGAGCCGACGAGCCGGGACGCCUGCAGCGGCAGCGCGCCGCCGUGGCUCAGCAGCUGAAAACCUCACAAAAGCGUCCCCGGGCAGAGUUGGUCGCGUCCGUGCGUGGGGAACUGUUGCGACAGCGCGAACAGCUGCAGCGAGCGCGCGCCUCUGCUUCCGCGGAAGUGGCGGGGGAAACUCCUGUCGCGCAGGUGGAGGCAACCAUGGUGCAGGUGGAAGACCUGUUAUUGUCGCAGUCCGCGGAUAAGGCAGCAAUCGGCCCGCCCACUGCAACGUUGCUGGACUUCCUUCCUCCUGCGCGUGCGCCUGCGGUUACCCUGGUGGCGGCCUCUUCUUCAGGUCCGCCGGAAACAACCGUAGGGCCAUCUUUCCCUGUCGCUGAGUCUGCGAUGGUUGCGGCCGCCAGCGGUGUUAGUGCAGCACCCUCUUCCCUGCCUCGAUCAACAACGGGUGCUCAGGCGAAGGCGACGGAGACGCCUGCACCAGCGAAGAAGCGGUCAAAAUUUGAACUGGCGAUGGCGAUGGCGAAAGCCGAUGAGAACGAAUGA